UUGAACGAUCUUAACAAGUUGGAUGCAGGCGUCAUAAAGAUGUUGAAGUUGUGGCUCGGGCUCGCUCUAACGGCUGAUUCAUCGGCGUUAUUUAGGGGAAGCAAUAGUUUUGGGAUGAGUCUAAAAAGGCCAUCGGAGCUCUAUAAACACUUAAGAGUUUCCAAGAGAUAUAUCCUGGGGAAAUCCCAUGAUGACGUAGUGACAUCGCUCCCAAAAGAUGAAGAUGCCCCCGAGCUAGAGUCACGACUUCAAUUCCAUAAGCAAUUUAUGAUAGGAGCACAAAGUAACAGAGUGGGAUUAGGAUCAAAUAGGAAAGUCCAAGAUGCGGAUAUAUUGAAGUCUUUUAUUCGGCAAGACGAGAAUGAUAAAUAUAAGAUCCAUGCAAUGAAUUUAGAAAUGCAGAACGAGUGGUUAGACAUAGAAGAUUUUUGCAUCCCAUUAGCAUGA